CAAGAAUCGCCAGCAAAGAAACAUUUUCGGAGAAAACGGGAACGUUUUUUCCCACAUCAUGCGUCGAGAGGAAAUGGCCAAAAUGGUCUUGUACGCAGUAGGGCUGUUGAUCAAAACCGUGCUGUUAUGCUGUACAGCUGCACAGCAAUGGGAGGCUACGGGCCAGCGGGAAGUUUCCAAAUUUGGUAUGAUGCUACAACGCCACAUCUUCAAGAGGAUCACGGGGGCUGGUCUUUCAGAUGUGUGCUUGCGGGGAUGCUAUGCUGACGUCAGAUGUCAAAGUUUCAACUAUGUCUUUACGCAAGACAUUUGUGAGCUGAGCAACCGAACCAAGGAGGCCAGACCAGAGGAUUAUGUUCCGAACCCUGAGAGAUUUUACUUUAAGCGAGAUUACAAACGAGUCCCUCUCGGUUCCAUUCCUGAGCUGCCUGCGGAGACUUGCCAGGAAAUCAAAAUGAGCGAAGGAGGACAAGCGGUCAGCGGCAAAUACUGGUUUCACUCGAUUGUACCCGAGAGAACUGUUCUGGCUCCUUGUGACAUGAAAACAGAAGACGUGGACGAGUGUAAUUCGACCAUUCCCGUGUGUGACGUUAACGCUGAGUGCGUGAACACCAUCGGUUCUCACAGUUGCUCGUGCAAAGCUGGUUUUACUGGAAACGGAAAAAAUUGUGUCGAUGUCGACGAAUGUGCCAAUAAAUCGCAUGACUGUGACGUCAAUGCCUACUGCAACAAUACCGUUGGUUCCUAUCGAUGCACCUGCAAUUCCUGGUACCAAGGAAACGGAACAAGCUGCUAUUUUCGUGGCCUUAAUAAUUCCGUUAUUCUUACCAGCCUCGACUACAACAACUACACAGGUAAGCUGCUUUCUUACCUAGAGCCAGUCCUCCUGAGUUCAAAAUGGAGCAGGUUUGUGAAGUGUUGGCAUGCUAAGACAGACGGCUGGGCAGCAUCGACAUUCCACAGCAACUGUGAUGGGAGGGGACCCACAGUGACAAUCAUCAAAGUGAACGAUUACAUAUUUGGUGGAUACACCGAUGUAUCAUGGAGCAGUUCCUGUUUUUGGUCUUACGCCACCAAAGCCUUUUUAUUCUCAUUUAACAACAUCAAAGGAUACAAUCCUGUGAAGCUGACACAAUACCGAAACCAGCAAUACGCAAUGUACACAUGUUCCUCUUACGGACCCACUUUUGGUGUAGGACAUGAUAUCUACAUACGUGACGACGCUGUAAACAAUCAGUACUCUUAUACUGAAUGCGGCGAGACUUACUCCAACCCCACGGGUUAUUCGGGUGUAAACUGUGGAUUUUUCACAGGAAGUUAUCAUUUUACUCCAUCUGACAUUGAAGUUUUCUUCGAAAUAGGUAAGUUAUUGUACAGAAACAGUUAG